UUAUUUACUACUCGGAUUUUAAAUCAAUCCUCCAUCUUCCUUAUCUCUACCCAUCUCCCGCUCUAAACUCCCAUUUUCCCGAGAAAGGGAAAAAGAAAAUGUUCAUGCUUUGAGAGCAAGGAAGUGAAGUGUGUUGAUGGUUGAUUGAGUUUUUUGAACCUUUUGAUUCAAAAGAAAACAACAACCCCAUGGCGGUUUCUCAUUGUUUGAGCGGUAAUGAUCAAAAGAAACACUGGUGGCUUACAAAUAGAAAGGUUGUUGAUAAGCACAUUAAGGAUGCGAGGAGUCUUAUGGCGACGCAGGACAAAAACGAGAUCGUUUCGGCUCUGAGUCUCCUCGAUGCGGCAUUGGCUCUAUCGCCUCGUUUCGAGAUCGCCGUUGAACUCAAGGCCAGAGCUUUGCUGCAUCUGAGGCGGUUCAGGGAAGUAGCCGACAUGCUUCAAGAUUAUAUCCCGAGUCUUAAGAUGUCUUCCGACGAGUCCGCAUCGGUUUCAUCGGAGAACUCGUCUCAGCGAGUCAAGCUUCUUCCUUCUGAUGACUCGUCCUCUGAUUCACCCGGUCGUGACCCGUCUUUCAAAUGUUUCUCUAUCUCGGAAUUGAAGAAGAAAGUCAUGGCUGGGUUGUGGAAGAAGUGCGAGAAAGAAGGCCAAUGGAGGUACUUGGUUCUGGGUCAAGCGUGUUGUCACCUAGGCCUAAUGGAGGACGCCAUGGUUCUCAUUCAAACCGGUAAGCGCCUUGCUUCCGCCGCAUUCCGCCGCAAGAGCGUUUCCUUGUCCGAAGACAGCUUCUCCACCGCCGCCACAGCGCCUCCUUCCACGCCACCACGCAAUCAAACCCCUUUCUCCGAAUCCGAUAACAUUUCCCAGCUUCUAUCCCAUAUCAAGCUCCUCGUCCGCCGUCGAACUGCCGCGAUUGCCGCAUUAGAUGCGGGCUUAUACUCGGAAUCCAUCCGCCAUUUCUCGAAAAUCAUCGACGGUCGUCGCUCUGCACCUCAAGGAUUUCUCGCAGAAUGCUAUAUGCAAAGAGCCUCCGCUUACAAGGCCUCGGGACGUAUAGCCGAGUCAAUCUCCGAUUGCAACAAAACUCUUGCUCUUGAUCCAACUUGCAUCCAAGCUCUCGACACCAGGGCCUCAAUUUUCGAAACGAUCCGAUGUUUACCGGACUGUUUACAUGACCUGGAACACUUGAAACUGCUUUACAAUACCAUUUUGCGAGACAGGAAGCUUCCGGGCCCUGUUUGGAAGCGCCACUACGUCCGGUACCGGGAGAUUCCCGGUAAGCUCUGUGCAUUAACAGCUAAAAUCCAACAAUUGAAGCAAAGGGUUGCUUCCGGAGAGACCGGAAACGUUGAUCACUAUGCAUUGAUUGGCUUAAGGCGAGGGUGUUCAAGGUCUGAAUUAGAUAGGGCUCAUCUGCUACUUUGUUUAAGGCACAAACCGGAUAAAGCUACCAACUUCAUCGACCGAUGCGAGUUCGCAGAUGAGCGUGAUCUCGACUCUGUUAAAGACCGAGCCAAGAUGUCGGCAUUGCUUCUUUACCGGUUGCUUCAAAAGGGUUAUUCGAGCAUUAUGGCUACUAUUAUUGACGAAGAAGCGAUUAUGAAGCAAAGGAAGAAUGCCGCAGCUGCUUUACAAGCAGCAAUCCAAGUGCAGCAAACACAAUACUCGAUCGCUAAACCGGAACCGGAAACCAGCCGUGCUUCGACAUCGAAUCCAUCAAACGUUUCUAGCUGCAAAACCAGUGUAAAAUCAAGUGAAAACAAAGCCGCAACAAAUGUGUUUCAAGGUGUAUUUUGCAGGGAUCUUGCCGUUGUUGGGAACUUGCUAUCGCAAGUUGGGUUUAAUCGACCACUUCCGGUGAAAUACGAGGCACUAAGCUGCUGAUUUCGCCAUUGGUAGUCGAU